AUUAAACGAAGAAGAAGAUGAAGUUGGGCGAAUCGACAUGUAGGACCGCUUCAGUUGAGUUUUCACGUUUAAACCGCUGUUCUGCCUGUUGCUUUAUCCACGUAAAUCUCUCGUACGUUAAAAUAAAGCUCGGAUAAAGCGAAGCUAGCGGACCGGAACCAGCAUGACCCAGCAAGCCGCGGCGCUUCAGACCUACAACAACGAGCUGGUUAAAUGUAUCGAGGACCUGUGCUCGACGCGUGACCAGCUGAACCGGCAGAUCAGGCAGGAGGAGGACGAGAAGGAGCGACUCCAGCAUGACAUCCGGGUCCUCUCCGAGAAGCUCAGCCAGGUCAACGAGAGCCUGGCGCAAAGACUGGUGGCCAGGGCCAACCUGGACCGCACCAUCGCCGAGACGGAGGCGGCAUACACCAAGAUCCUGGAGAGUUCCCAGUCCUUGCUGAGCGUCCUGAAACAGGAAGCGGGGAACCUCAGCAAGGCCACCGAGCCUCGGAAAAAGGCGCAUUGACACCCAGCGAGAACACACUGAACGUCGCUGGACUGCAAAACUGUCCCCAUUCUGCACUUUCAAACCCAUUUUUUCUGCGGCCCUUUUUAAUACAUUUGUUUUUUUUUCUUCUUUAAAGCAAUAAAUGUUUUUUUUUUUACUCCAGUGACUCUUUCAGACAGAACCGACUCAUUCACGGCACAUUUGUAGUUCAAGUUGUCUAUUUAUUCAGCUUUCGUUUGUACAAGUAUGACAUCUUUGUUGGACAGUAAGUUUACAGUAAGCACAGGGAGAUUUACAGACAGGAGGGGGGUUUAAGAGGAUGAACCAGGACGGAUGGAGCUUCUACCGGAGUCUACCUGCUCCCUGCGAACUGGGGCGGGAGAACCCGUGCACAGGUGAUUCUGGGUCAACACGAGCGUUUGGGGGGGGGGUCACCAGGUGGAUGCAUCGUCAGACGAACCACGACUCCACAGCAGCUCACAGUUAAACUUUAAUAAACCCAAAUUAAACUCCACAUUGAUGCAGACUUUAAAA